CGUUACACGAGCUUAUGUUUUCAUCAGCCUAUGUUGCAUUUUGAAAAAAUAUGCUCGCAACGAGUCCGAAUGCGAUCGUUGAGAUUUCGGACGAUGAUUUUUAUAAAUCAGUGGAAUCCAUAAUGAGAUGUGAGGAGUUCAAGAGUAAUUUUGCGAGGAAGCUUUCUAAUAGGUAUAUCUCCAGAUCGCCGUCGUCUUUUUCGGGACACGAAGCAUCUAUAAGCCGACCAUUAGACGACACCCAAGUUAUAAAAACUCAUGUUCCAGAAAGAAUUGAGAUUUGUACUCAACUUUCGAAAAGCGCCAGCACGGAGCAGACUGAAGAACCUGUGAAACCGCCGGACAAGCACAACAAGACGAACGAGAACAUACGGAAAACCGAAAUAAAUGUUCUUAAUAUGGAGGUUGAGACAUUGAGAUGGCAAUUAGCACAGACUGAGGCGAACAGACAGAUGCACAUAGCAUUACUUAAGCAAAUAGUGACUUUCCUGAACAGAAUGAAGGAGCAUUUUGACGCCGAGAAAAAUGAAGAUUUACUUCGGAAGAAUAUUUCUCCCCGAAUGCUCGCCAGAUCUCUCAACUUCAAUGACUUCCCGCGUGCACAUUCCGUGUGGCACGUUAAUAAAAAUAUAGAAUAUGCCAUAACUCCCACCAAGAAGAUAAGUACAAGGAAAAUUAGCAAAUCCAUCAGUAACGUCAACGGAUACAAAGAUUGCAAUGGACUUUGGAGCCAGUCUAAAUUAUACCUUGUGCCUGAACAUGAAGCAUCGCAAAAAAUUAGCGAAGAAAUGUCGAGACUGAUUACUCUUGCCAACACAGUGCUAAGCACGAAACUACCUGAUCUCGCUUGUGCUUGCGUCGACAAAAACUCUGAGAUAGAUUUCAAAUUUAUAGAAAGUAAAAAAGAGAGACCGGCGUCACUAAAUCUAUCAAAUAUUGCCAUGAGUUUUAUUUUAGAAGAAGGUUCUAAUGCAAAAAUUGAUGACACUAAAUCGCAUAAUUGCAUCACAAACAAAAUAACAACAAAUGGAUCGAAUUCUCUUAAACACGUUGAGUCCACUUCAACUACUUUAAGUGACUUGGGCGAAGAAUUACCGGAGAUAAAGAUACUUGAGAAUGAUCACGCUGAUAAUAAAAGUGGAACAGAAUCACUCAACGGAAAGGAAAUUCAAGCUAUUGGUAAAUUAAAUGACUACAAUGGUGUAUCGAACUUUAUUGAAGAUGAAAGUGGUUUUUCUUCGAUGAGUUCAUUUCAAGAAAUAGGUAUACCACUGAUUAGCAUAAUACCUCCUUCGCCUUGCAAGGAAGUUGGUUAUUUAGAAGAGAUACCUAAUAUUAUAGAAGAAAAGAAAAAAUGGAAAACGGAUAAUAUUGAAAUGAACAAACAAAGCAUGAAAGUGUUUUGGGUUUAAUCUUUUAGUUGCAGUGUACAAA